UUAGUGUCAUCGCGAGCGUGCAUCGCUUUAGUCGUGUAUGUGACUCGCCGAUAUUAUAUUGUUUGCAACCAUUGUAAUAUGAAUAUGACAUGGAAAAUCGCUAUGCGCCGCCGUAAAACUUAUCUUAUCGUGAGAUCAUAACCUAACGGGAGUGUGCUUAGUAAUAUUUCUAUUGUGCACUAUUUUAUUGCUGUUUUAGUUAGUAAAAUAAUGAAUUUGACACGCCGCCGCAGUCUUCUGUUUGAAUCGUCGUGAACCUUGUUGUGGGAUCGAUUUUUAGGUGUUAUUAAUGAAAUUACAAAGGUGCUCGCGAGUGAUACUGUUAUAUAAAAGAACCUGUUUCCUAAGCGUACGAAUAGGCGGUCCGUCGUUGUUACUAUAGCUGUGCGCCGCUUAGAAUCGAUAAAGUUGAUAAAAAAUGCAUAUUUUCCCCAUGGUUUCAUAAAGGAUUGGGUCAAUACCGACUUGCCGGCUUGAAUGUUGCAAUAUCAAUCGAUUUUUUUGUUUAUCCGCUGAUACAAUUAUUUUAAUAAAGUGUGACCGUUUAUUUCGUGCUAAUUGUGUGUUGGUGAUGAUUUCAUUCGAUCGUGCAGUGCAGUGUUCUAGUUUCCAGGGAGAUACAUCGCUUAACGAAUGCCAUCUCACGACGACACGUCAACGCCAAGGACCCCUGUCAAGUUAAAAUCGUACGAAACAUCAAUAACAUCUACCAUUAUUAUGUGAUGAAGUGUACCGAUUAGUGUGUUAGUUUCUACGCGUAGCGGCCAUUUUGAAAAUGGGCGCCAUCUUGUUUUGUGCCAGCUUCGGCGAUCUGUUCACGCACGCUGUGCUGCUGUUGACGCUGGGCGUAUAUUCUUCAUAUGGCGGGGGAUGCACGUUCCCCGAUAGCUGGACCGGUAGCUGGUUCUUGUCCGGCUACCCAAGCCUCAUAGCAAUCAACUCUACACACAUACAGUCCAAGGGGGAGUGUUCUGAGAGAGAAUCGACCGACAAGUUUCUUUUAUAUGACAGGAGUGAUGACUCUUACAGAUGUAUGGUGAUACAUGAAAAGCACAAAUAUGUACUGCAGUACAAAGAAAGUCCGGUUUGGCCCAAGGAUUCUCUGUCGACGAUAUGCGAGCAAAUCAGCGGCGACGCCCCCCUUUACUCCAUGUUCCGGAAGGAGCCGCGGCCGGUGCCACAGGAGUGUCCGUUCCAUCCGGCGCCAUUCACUUUCACAUACAACAGAGGCACAGGCGACUGCACAAAUCCACCUUCCCGGGCCGAGGCGUGCACAGACAACUCCAGACUACUGCUGCGGUACAUGGCCUGUCCCGAUGUACCGGGAACUGAGAGCAAUGUGGAAGAACUGGUCUGCCUAGCGACCUGGAAGGAGGGUUCCACCCGGUACUUGGUCGGCCAAAUAUCACAGGUGCAGAGGCGGAACUCAAUAGCCUCCGAUGAAGAUACUUACAGAUGCUUCAUCUACAAAGGCCAGCAUAGUGAUAAGAGUAUGACAUACAACAUAGCUCAGUCCGGCGACGCCACUUGUAAUGGCGUAUCGUCACCCACCGACGGCAGUCGCAUUAUGAAACUUACCAACAGUGACGACGAGCACAACCGCUGCCAUUUCCCCUCGUGGAUCUUGGAGCACCACAAAUGGUUUAGUUUGGACCAUACUCACCAAUACCACUUUACUACGAAGAAUGCUACACUUAAGAUUAUGAACGCAGACGGCAGUUACGAGGAGAAGAGGCUGGUGUGUCACUCUAUACUGGAACAGAAAGAGAAGAAACACAUAAAGCUGGUCGCACACGUGACUAGGGGAUGCGAAUCAGGCCACGCUUGCCUCAAGUUCUACCGUCGUUCCAGCGGCGUGUUAGAACUACAACAGGGGUCCUCUCUAUGGGACAGCCCUGAAGACGCCUGCACUGCCAGGGGAGAUCCCGAGCCGUAUCUCACCCUCAUAUCUACAAAUUUGGUGCCGAUGCGUUGUCCGAUACUGGGUCGGUACAACGUCGUGAACUCGCCCACAGAUCGUCGCAGAAGAAGACAGCAGGCGACUAUAGGCAGCGAAGUGGCGACGGAAUGCGUCGCCGGCGCAUAUGAAAGCGUCAGUUUCGGAUGCGGCAAUUCGCAGGACACCAUAGAAUUUUCAUCUCAUUGUGCUACCACAGUGUACACCUGCUAUGGGAGUUGGUCCUCAUCAGGCAGCGGGUACCUAGUAGCAGCCCCUCUAGCAAGAGCUUCUACUCAUCCUCACACCGCCUGCCUCGUGUAUAGAGACCCGCGCACUAACGAAACUCGUUCGGGCCGCAUGUGGCUGAGCGUCGCAGGCGGUUCCUGUGAUCGAGCCCUAACAGCCGCCGAUACUGUCUACAAUCUCACCGUUAAUGGUACAUGCGAGCAGAGCAGUAAGUAUAAUAGCGGCACCAGUCGAGUUACAAGCACAGCACUUAUACUCGUGACUCUACUCGCCGUCAGAUGAUGUCUUGUUAAGACUUGUUCGGCCGUGGUUUGCGUUUAGAUAGUCAACUCGAUAUUAUGAUACUAAAGGGGACAUGUGGUAACUUAUGUUCGAUUUUACUUUGUAGGCCUGAAAACCGCAGUCUGAGAAUGAGUGAAUAGAAAUUAAAAUGGCAUGGUUUUUUUUUAUAACUUUAAGGUGGUUGAGGUUUGGUCCGUGAUAAUGUUCCUGCUACUUCCUUAAGGAUCAGGCAUUUGAUUUGAUUUCUAUAAUAUCCUGGUGGACAUGAAAAAAGAAAAUAAAUUUUCCGAACAGUUAGAAAAUAUUAUGUAGUCUGGUAACACUGUCUCAAAUCCAAAAAACGGAACUCGUAUAGGAUCACUUUGUUGUCCGCCUGACUGUCUGUUUGGUUAAGGGUUAUUGGAUAUAUUAAAAAAAAGUUGCUCCAAGGAGAAUAAAAA